ACAUCGUAUAUUUUAAAAAUGUCCGAUAUUAGUCCCGUUUUGGCUGAUAUGAAAAAUACCGUCAUUACAAUGCCUGGCUUGCAUACAAAUCAAAGAACCGUUAGGGUAACGAUAAAAUCCGUGGAAAACAAUGUGGCUAUCUUACCUACGAAAACCAGACCUAAGAAAUUAAUCUUUUACGGAUCGGACGGUAAAGCGCACACGUAUCUCUUCAAGGGGUUAGAAGAUUUGCAUUUGGACGAAAGAAUUAUGCAAUUGUUAUCUAUAACGAAUACUAUGCUGGCGCGCGACUCCGAGAACAACGACAAUCAGACAUAUAGAGCCCGUCACUACUCCGUCAUACCUCUAGGGCCGCGGUCCGGCUUGAUCAGCUGGGUUGACAACGUCACGCCGCUCUUUGCACUGUACAAGCGGUGGCAAAACAGAGAAGCGGCGAUCAUUUCCGCCAAAACCAACAAGACUGUGAACGUUUUACGUCCGUCAGAACUGUUCUACAACAAAUUGAACCCUCUGCUUAAAGAGGCGGGCAUAUCGACUGAGAGCAGGAAGGAGUGGCCCGUGUCGAUCCUGAAGCAAGUGCUGCAGGAGCUGACAGAGGAGACGCCGCGCGACCUG